GGCUGCCGGGAGUUGUAGUCCCGUGUCCCCCCCACAGCGGCGGGGCGGGCGCGGGCCGCCGCCGUUAAGCAUGGCCGCGGCGGAGGGGGGUGGGGCGCACGGCUGUCCUGUGCUGCCGUUGGCUAACGGCCGGAGCAUCCCGGUGCUGGGGCUUGGUACUUCCCAUCAAGGUGGCUAUUCUCAUGAUGCUGUGGUCUAUGCAUUACAAAAAUGUGGCAUUCGUCAUAUUGACACAGCAAAAAGAUAUGGCUGUGAAUCCCUUCUCCAAAAAGCCAUCAAAGAGAGCGGUGUGAAGCGAGAGGACCUCUGGAUAACUACCAAACUGUGGCAUAGUGAUUAUGGCUAUGAAAACACAAAAAAAGCCUGCUUGGAGUCAUGUGAAAGACUUGGUGUCGAAUAUCUUGAUCUUUAUUUAAUACACUGGCCUGAUGCACAUGUUCCGGGUAAAAGCAAUCGAGAGGUCCGAGCUGAAACCUGGAGAGCGAUGGAGGAGCUCUAUGAGAAAGGUUUGUGUAGAUCAAUUGGUGUAAGCAACUUUCUUAUCAAUCAUCUUGAGCAACUGAAGGAAGACUGUGUGAUUACUCCACAUGUUAAUCAGGUUGAAUACCACCCUUUCCAAAGACCCCAGGAGCUGGUGGAUUAUUGUAGGAGCCGAGAUAUUGUUUUCGAAGGCUACUGUCCUUUAGCCAAAGGCGAAGCACUCACUCAUCCUAGUAUCAUUCAGCUGGCAAAGAAAUAUGGCAGAACUCCAGCACAGAUUUGCAUACGCUGGAGUAUACAGAAUGGGAUUGUCACUAUUCCAAAGUCCACAAAAGCAGAAAGGAUACAGGAAAACUGCAAGGUGUUUGAUUUUACAAUAGCAGAAGAUGAUGUUGAAAUUCUGAAUGGAAUGCAUGAUGGGAGACAUGUUUCCUGGGACCCAAGCCUUAUUGUGUGAAUGAAGGUUUUUGAUUUUAAUCUGAAGGAAGAAGAUAUGGAAUUUUUGAACGCUAUGAAUAUCAACAGAAAAUUAAUUAAUCUAACCUAUCCACUGUGGAAAGGAUAAUUUAAAACCAGAUCGUUCCAUACAGCAAAAGUGACGCCACUGGAACAUUAAUUCAUUUUAAACUGAACAAUAAAUCUAAAUUGUUCUCUUGGGUACUCAAAGAGCAUCUAAUAAAUACCAAUCAAUAAUCAAAAAUCAGUAUCAAUGGCUUGUAUUUACUGUUACAUUAACAAAUUAAUAAAAUCAUCUAGUUUACUCUUUUCUUUGUUGCUUUCUUACAGAUACAGAAA